UCUCCUUUUUUUUUUUUUUUUUUAAUUUUACUGAAAUUCGUGCUAGUUUUGGUCCUUCAUUUCAAACCCCUUUUGAUUUUUUGAAGCUUCAAUUAAUCCAAUCGGUUCUUCAGUUAUAUUGGCUACCGCUCUUUGUAUUGUUUAAUUUUGAUGAAUUGUUGAUUGAAACUCGAAUAAUUCCUGAAUUAAUUUUCGAAAAAACUUUUCUGAUUAGAACAAUCGAUGUAAGAAUUUCUUACAGCCAUGGCGGCGAAUGCUCAAAGCGGGAGUAAGAUUGAGAAGCCGAUUGUCGGUCCGAAUGGGGGCGGAGAUGGUGAAGGGAAGCCCGCCGCCACUUUCCAUGACUUCCUCGGAAAUAAAGGCGGCGGCGGCGGCGGCCAGGAGCCUAUUCCGCCGCCGCCGGAGGUGUCGCCGUCGGCCACUUCUGAUCUGGGCUCUGAAAGACUCGCCGGAAAUCAUUUGGAAGGGAUAGCGUGCUACGCGUCGAGAGGCGACAUUGCGGGGCGAGAGAGUAGCAAUCGUUUCGCUCGAAACAAGAGGAGCAGCUCGGAUUCAUUUAUAGACAAAUUCCAGCCAGGACAAUUGGAUUCGCAAGACGGCGCAAUUCUGACAAAGCUGCUUCGAUACUCCGGGGCAGAGCAGCCUAGACGGCUCCCCGACGAGGAACCGUCCUUUGUAAUGAAUCAAAUGAGACCGAUUUCGAUCUCCACCAGAUCCGACGCGAAUCCUUCCAAAUGGGAUCGAACGGCUGCAAUAAAUCCCGGUCACAUUUUGCAAUAUCCUCCGCGGACAGGACAGGUAAUACCGUUGGGCUAUCAAGCCGCGCCUAAUAGGAUUAAAGAGUCGAAUGUGGGCCCGGCUCUCGUUGCGCAGACGGCGGCGGACGAAGGAUCAAGGACAGGAAUUAAAGGGUCCGGAAUAUUAAGCUCGAUAAAUGCGAGCGGCAGCGGAGGAGCAGUGGCGGCGAGGCAGCCGGCGGGUGUGCUAAUUCGAAGCGGAAAACAGAAGUCCGGUGUCGGGAUUUCCGAACCGGAGUCUUCUGCUGCUGCGGCAUUCAGCCACCGCGGAACAGAGUCGGUUGGUCGGCAAAUGACCAUAUUUUACGGCGGCCAAGCUCAUGUCUUCGACAAUGUUCAUCCUAAUAAGGCAGAUGUAAUAAUGGCUUUAGCUGGAUUGAACGGCGGGUCUUGGUCGACGACAUACAAACCUAAUUCGGCGGGGAGGCAGCCGCCGUCUGCCGGAGAAAAUCGCAAUGCGGACUCCGCCGCCGGAAUGUCGGUGCAGGGGAAGCCGUCUGAGAAAGGAGAGUCGCACUGAGGGGAUCGAAGGUUUGUUCUAAAGUCGUGUUUUGGGAUUGAAUGGCUGCAAUUUAAUGUGAUGUUCGAUUAUUACAAGAAUGAAUGAAUGAAUGAUGAGAACUUUUGAAUUGAUGUACUUUUUGCUGUGGUUUUCUUGCCGGCGCGCCGUGCCUUGUCUUGUGGGAGCUAUUUUAUUUUAAUAUAUAUCGGUGGAUUGAAGUUAAUUUUUUUU